GCUGGGACCGUGUCACGAUGUUGCAGUGGUUGUCUUCCGAUAUUCGGCAGGUAAAGUAGGACUGAGUCGCCGCUUCCAUACCAACUUUCGGCCGACAGUGAACGCCUUUUCUGACUCGAUCGCGAACAGCGAGGCGGACUGGGAACUAAAGUCAAGCCCCCUCAAAGUAUGUUGUGAUUAUGAGCACCCCACUGCUCUGUCUUCUUGGAGCCCUACUGUAGCUGCGGGGAAGAUGUCUACGGUAUAAGAAGGCUCGAGUAUCGCCGCUUCAGUGCUUUCCAAAUCAUCGCGCCUCAUUUCAGUAUGUACAACCUUCAGUCGAGCGUAGCACUUCUCCUCCUGUUCGGGCAGAACAUUGCUGCUCAGAACUCUUCUUGGGACCAUUCGUUAUACACAAGUAGCCCUGGUGUCUUCCCUAGUCCAAACACAACUGGUAUCGGUUGGGAAGAUGCUCUGCAGAAAGCAAAGCAAUUGGUUUCUCAACUGACCCUUGAGGAAAAGGUUGGCUUGCUUACGGGAGAGCCCAAGGGUCCCUGCAUUGGUAACAUUGCACCUAUUCGCCGAGUCGGGUUCAAUGGCUUGUGUCUACAAGACGGCCCGCUUUCAAUUAGACAAGCAACCUAUGCCUCUGUCUUCCCGGCAGGUCUCGCUGCUGCUUCGUCUUGGGACCGUGACUUAAUCCGCCAGAGAGGCGAGUAUCUUGGAGCCGAAUUUAGGGAUAAAGGUGCACAUGUUGCCUUGGCACCGGUGGCUGGACCUCUUGGAAGAUCUGCCGAUGCGGGUCGAGGAUGGGAGGGCUUCUCGCCCGAUCCAUACCUCACUGGUAUUGCUAUGAAGGAGACUAUCGAAGCUCUCCAGGGAGCCGGUGUCCAGGCUUGCGCAAAGCAUUGGAUCGGCAAUGAGCAAGAAACUCAAAGAAAUCCCACCGUAUCACCCAACAAUAGGACUAUCGAAGCUGUCUCUGCGAAUAUCGACGACAGAACUAUGCAUGAGCUUUACAUGUGGCCUUUCGCUGAUGCGGUCAAAGCUGGCGUUGCAUCAAUGAUGUGCUCGUACAACAGGUUGAAUGGCUCCUACGCUUGCCAAAAUAGCAAGGCUCUCAACGGUCUUUUGAAGGAAGAGCUCGGCUUUCAGGGCUAUGUCAUGUCUGAUUGGGGAGCCACACAUGCAGGGGUGGCUAAUAUCGAGGCCGGAAUGGAUCAAGACAUGCCAGGUUCCAUCACGUUCUUCCAAGCCGGACCAUCGUACUACGGCCAAAAUCUGACCAACGCUGUCAACAACGGAACUGUUCCAAUGUCGAGGAUUGAUGAUGCUGCUCACAGAAUCAUGACUCCCUAUUUCUUCCUCGGACAGGACCAAGACUAUCCUUUGAUUGAUCCCGCCAGUGGCUCCGUCAAUAUUCUUGGUGUUCAGCCCUAUCUCGAUACCUUCCAGUUUGGAGAAGCGAACAUCGAUGUCCGCGCCGACCACGCAGAUUUGAUCAGAAAACUUGGCUCAGCAGGUACCAUCCUCUUGAAGAACACAAACAACGCUCUACCUCUUAACAAGCCAAGAAACAUCGCUGUAUUUGGUAACGACGCUGGCGAUCCGGAGAACGGUCUGUAUUCACUGUCUCUUACUGGCAAUGGUGACUUCGAGCAAGGACAUCUAUCGGUUGGAGGAGGAAGUGGAACGGGUCGUCUCACUUACCUGUCGACUCCUCUUGACGCCCUGAAGGCUCGCACUAAAGAGGACGGCACUCUUCUUCAAUGGAACCUGAACAACACACUCUUGACAGACCCUACGCCAAAUGCUGCUUUCGGCGCAAUUUUCCCUUAUCCUGAUACCUGCAUCGUCAUGCUCAAGACCUGGGCUUCCGAAGGCAACGAUAAGGUCAGCCUUCUACCAGACUGGAACGGUACAGCUGUCGUUGAAGCCGUUGCUGCGUACUGUAACAACACCAUCGUUGUGACGCACACAUCAGGCCCUAUCGUCAUGCCUUGGGCUGAUCAUCCUAAUGUCACUGCUAUUCUCGCAGCUCACUUCGCUGGAGAGCAGUCUGGUAACAGCUUAGUUGAUGUCCUCUAUGGUGACUACAACCCUAGCGGAAAGCUCCCUUACACCAUAGCCUAUAAUGAGUCCGAUUAUGCUUUCGCUCGCAUUACCAACUCUACUGAGUUGAGAUUGACCGAAGACCCCAACGCUUGGCAAGCAGACUUUGAAGAAGGUCUUCUGAUUGACUACCGUCACUACGAUUACUACAACUUGUCUGUGCAGUAUGAGUUCGGUUACGGUCUCUCGUACACCAACUUCAGUAUGUCCGACGUCAAGGUUCAUCGUCUUGCUGCCCAGAACCUGACAGCCCGUCCUGCCGAUGCCGGCACCAUUCCUGGUGGCAACCCGCUGCUUUACGAUACUCUUUACGAGAUCACCGUCAAGGUCAAGAACACUGGCUCAAUCGCCGGCGACGCCAUUCCUCAACUUUACCUUUCUCAGCCUGUUGAUGCUUUGUUCGGACGUACCCCUGUCCAGGUACUCAGAGGCUUUGAGAAGGUGCUUCUUGGUGCCGGACAAACCAAGACCGUCACUUUCGCUCUUCAGAGAAGAGACUUGAGUUUCUGGGAUGCUGUGCAGCAGCAGUGGAUUAUUCCUGCUGGACAGUUUGGCGUCAGAGCUGGAUUUAGCAGUAGAGAUAUUCAGGUCACUUCUGGCUUCACGGCUUUGUGA